AUGGAGCCAUUCAAGAUUAAGAUGGUGGAAGAGAUGUCGAUAUCAUCCCGAUCAGAACGAGAACGUGUGUUAAAGGAGGCCGGUUAUAACCCUUUCCUUGUUCCGGCCAAGUACGUAACAUAUGACCUUUUGACCGAUUCUGGGACCGGAAGUAUGAGCUGCCUUCAAUGGGCUGCCUUCAUGAAAGGCGACGAGAGCUAUGCAGGAGCCAGGAGUUUCUUAAUCUUCGAUAAAACGGCAAAAGACAUCACGGGCUUUCACCAUGUUCUUCCGAUCCACCAAGCCCGAGCAGCUGAGAGAAUACUUUUCCACGUUGUAGUCAAAGAAGGGAGCCUGGUGUUAGGGAAUGGAUUUCUGGAUACAGCUAAAGUGCAUCUGGAGCGGUGCGGCGCCAUCCCAGUCAACAUUUCCGUCAACCCGUCCAAAUCCGGUGACUUUAACGGCGACAUUCAAAUCAGCUUACUAGAACGUUAUAUUGCCAGGGGUAAGCCAGAAGUGUCAUUAAUGUAUCUCUCUGUGACCAGCCACAGAAAUGGCGGCCAACCUGUUAGCAUGGCUUGUGUAAAAGCCAUCUCCCAGAUCUGCCGUAAGAAUCAGAUACCCUUUUACCUUGAAGCCUCUCGUCUCCCGACAAACUGUUGGUUCGUGACAUCAAGAGAAAGAGCGUUCGCGAAGCGGCAGCCGCUGCAGAUCGCAAGAGAAAUGUUCGCUCUAUGUGACGGCUGCCUCAUGUCUGCGAAGAAAGACGGUAUUUGUAACACUGGGGCCUUCCUCGCUACAAACUCUUCCGCGCACCACACACUCUUCUCCCAGCAUCUAAUCCUGGCCGAGGGUUUCGUCACUUACGGUGGUAUGACCGGCAGAGAUAUGGAGGCCGCCGCUGUCGGUCUAAUGGAGGCGCUAGACGAGAACUAUUUGCGAUUUAGAGUGGAAUCCUUAGCACGUUUCGGUGAAAUGCUCAAAAAGAGAAGUGUACCGAUUAUAGAACCCGUUGGUGGUUAUGCCAUCUGCAUUGAUGCCGGUACCCUUCUCUCGCACCUUGAUUCAAGCGCCAAUCCCGCUUGGGCGCUUAACUGUGCUUUAUACCUGGAGGGGGGCAUCCGAGGUUCGGAAGAAGGACAUAUUAUGAAAACUGAUGACAGUCCUGGUUCCAAGCAAUUGCUUCGCUUGGCCCUGCCGGGUCGCGUCUACACCUACACGCACCUACAGCACAUCAGUGAUGCCAUAGCGUCUGUAGUGGCGCGCAGAACCAGAGUAUCAGGAAUGCGCUUGAUGGAAUCCUCAUCGCCAUUACGGCAUUUCACGGCCGUUCUUGAGCCCAUCAAUAGGGAAAUAUUUCCCAGCGCUACCAAUGGAAAAGACACGGCGCCCCAGCAAAAUGGUUACAGGCGACACUAA